UAACAAAUUUAAGUGUGAAUUUUUUUAUUUUUUUAUUUGUUAUGUUGUGUUGUCAAAUUUUGUGUCACAUUAAAAUACAACUGUGACAUGCUUACAUGAAUAUUUGGAAGUCAUGCUGCAACUACAACAAUACUACAAGGGAUAAAACAAUAGUGCAAUCUAGUGUUUAAAUAUAAAAGUUUAAUUGACACAUAGUGUGACAGGGAGCGUGACACUAAAUAAAAAACUGAAAUAACAAUGAUGACACACUUUAAAUCAUUAUUAGUGAAAUAAUUUUAAUACUUUUGAAUAUAUAUUUUUUUUUAAUUUUUGAAAUUUUAUUUUGUGACUGUUGUUUUUAAUAAAACGUCAAACUGGAGUGUGUCAGUGCGGCUAAUCGGCCGCAUAAUUUAAUGUCGGCCGCAACAUACUUGCCAGCCAGCAGUGCUGUCACUGCUGACAUGGAUGGUGUUGUUGGGAUGAAUGUAUUAGGUCAUCCUUACCAUCCGGGCCAUGGGGGUGGUUCACCUCGAUCCGCUGCGGAUGCAAAUGAUAUGAAAUACAUACCCGCUCAACAUCAUCAUCAUCACCAUCACCAUCAUCAAGUGUCAAGUUCACCAUCCCCAGGUGCACAUUCAGUAACACAUCCCUGGGUGAGUUUACAACCUAGUGCCACAGCAUCAGAUCCAUGGGCCGCAUCUAUGGGUAUGCAUACGCACCAUGCACAUCAUGCGACCCAUCAAGAUGUAAAACCCUUAACGGCCCAAGCUGAAUCUAUGGCAGCGGCGGCACAUCAUCGACAAAAUCAAUGGCAUGCACCGGUUGUCUCGUCAGCACAUUAUAAUCCAGGUGCUGGGAGUCCGUUACAACAUUAUCAUGCGGCAAUGAAUGGUAUGUUAGGGCAUCCCCAAGCACCCCAAAUGCAUCACGCCUUAAGGGAUAUGCAUUCACCUGGUGCAUUACAUCAUCAGCAACAUCCGGGUGACCGAGAUGUGAGUGGUGGUGAGGAAGAUACACCCACCAGUGAUGAUUUAGAAGCAUUUGCCAAACAAUUUAAACAGCGACGGAUAAAAUUAGGGUUUACACAAGCUGAUGUUGGUUUAGCAUUAGGUACAUUAUAUGGAAAUGUGUUCUCACAAACCACGAUAUGUAGAUUUGAAGCAUUACAAUUAAGUUUUAAAAAUAUGUGUAAGUUAAAGCCAUUAUUACAAAAAUGGUUAGAGGAAGCGGACUCAACAACAGGUUCACCAACAUCAAUUGAUAAAAUUGCAGCACAAGGUCGAAAAAGGAAAAAGCGUACAAGUAUUGAGGUUAGUGUAAAAGGUGCAUUAGAACAACAUUUUCAUAAACAACCCAAACCUAGUGCACAAGAAAUUUCCUCAUUAGCUGAUAGUUUACAAUUAGAGAAAGAAGUGGUGCGAGUUUGGUUUUGUAAUCGACGACAAAAAGAGAAACGUAUGACACCACCAAAUACAUUAGGUGGUGAAAUGAUGGAUGGUAUGGGUGGCCCACCAACACAUAUGCAUCCUGGCUAUCACCAUCCAGAUAUGCAUGGUAGUCCAAUGGGUGGACAAAGUCAUAGUCAUUCACCACCAAUGUUGAGUCCACAAACUAUGGGUGGUCAUCAGUUAGCGGCACACUAGCAUUUAAUUUCUUGGGCCUCAUCUAAUGCCUCCGCAGCGGCAUUAUUAAGUCAACAUGAUCAUGGGUAGUUGUAUCAGUUCUAUGAUAAAUAUUUUCCAUCAUAAAGAGAAGUCUAAUGGUCAUUUACGUUCAAAUUCUGGCUGAUGCAUUUUUAUUUUUGUAAACCGACAUAGUGCGACAAUCUACUCAAAACGUCAUCUUAAUAAAAAGUGAUUUAAAUUUGAGUGAUAAACGUGAUUUUGUGUUGAUAUUAUUGGUUCGGGGAAAAAUAAUGUAGGCGAGAAACCGACCAUCAAAAUCGGUGAGCGAAAAAAUAUAUCAUUAUUUUUAUAAAUACAAAAAAUCAGUAGUACUAUAUAUUUUUUUUAAAUUUUUAAUUUCUAUAAAAAUAUUUUUACAUACAUUUUUUCGCUUACCGUAUUUUUUUUUAAAAUCAAUAAAAAUGCCACACCUAAAAUAUGUUGGGUUUGUCGCUUACACGGGCAUUAAAUACUCCCACGCAUUUGAUGUUGAAAAACUAACCAUGCCGUCGGGAUGAAAAUGCAGAAAAAUGCAUUGUCCAAAGUUUUCUUGUAUUUUGGUCAGUAUGAAAAUAAAUUAAUGGCCAGUAUUAAUUUUUACUAUAAUUGUUUUUGGAAAAUGUCCAUUUAGUUCUCUUUAUAAAAAAAAUGAGCUUGCCUGAAAUUUUUUUGAAAAAUAGUUCAUUUUCUACCUCAAAACACAUGAAAAUCUUAGAUACACACGCAAAAAAAUUUUUUUAAACGAG